CACUUUCACAGCUAGAGAGGGGAAAAGUUGGUUGAAAAAAAGCAGAAUUUAUGUCAGAAGGUGUCACACAAAAUAAUUUGGAGGAAUCCAAAUAUGGAGAAGAGGCAGACCAGGUGAAAAAUGGGGAUCAAGAAAAGGUGAAUAAAGCAACAGAGGAGGAGGAAGAUAGUGUGUUAGAGGGGGAGGAUGAAAGAAAAGGAGCUGAGGAGGAAGAAACAGGAGGAACUGAAGAGGAAGAAACAGGAGGAACUCAGCAGGUGGAAACAGAAGGAACUCAGCAGGAGGAAACAGAAGGAACUGGGAGUGUAAAGGAUCCCUAUGGCUACACCAGACGAGAGGAAUUUACAUCUGAGAUUUUCAAAGUAGAAAUUUGUAACUUGCCUCGCUUUGGAUUUAAGGAAUUGAAGAAGAGACUCGCUAAACUUGAUAUAAAACCAGUAAAAAUUAAAUCACUUCCCAGAGCCACUUUUGCCUUUGUAACAUUUAGAAAUGAGGAAGAGAGAGAAUCAGCCAUUGCCAAAAUCCAUGGACAUGUGUGGCGAGACAAAAAGUUAACAGCCAAGAAAGCCAGUGCAACUGCAGAUCCUUUAUUGACAAAACGAAGAGCUGGUGGCCAAGGAGAUGGUGAACCUUCAGAAAAGAGAUCACGCUCAACGGCUGACAAAGAAGACGAAAAUUUAUCUCCAGAGGACAGGUUAAAGAAAGCUGUGAGUCCUCUAUGGGAUAUGCCAUAUGACAAGCAGCUAGAGCUAAAAUCAGAAGAAAUUGGGAAAAUGAUGAAGACCUAUGCUAAUCAGAUCUUCAAAAGCAAUGUGGACCUUAGAAACUGGUUAACAGAGCAGAGGAAGAAAUAUGAUGGUCAUUGUUGUGAACUACUUCAAAUCAAGCCAUCUCCUAUUCAGCAAGGGUAUCGAAACAAAUGUGAGUUUACCAUAGGCCAGGAUGUGGAUAAAAAUGAUAAUACAGUUGGGUUCCGAUUUGGUCAGUACAAAGAUGGCACAAGUUCUGUUGGGGAGCCAUACUGUCUUUCCAACAUACCAGAUGCCAUGAAAACUGUUGUCAAGAGUUUCCAGAACUUCAUCAGAAGUGGACAGUAUGGAGCAUACAACCCCGAGACACAUGCCGGACACUGGCGAAUGUUGACAGUUCGGACCACUCGAUCUGAUGUCAUGGCCAUUGGUGACUUCCACCCACAGCAACUAUCUCCUGAAGAGAUCAGGAAAGAGGAAGAAAGACUACGUGAUUAUUUUUCUACAGGGGAGGGGAGGAAUAGUGGGGUCACCUGUAUGUAUUUCAGGGUAUACUCUGACAGAAUGACAGGGAAUACCAGUGAGCCAUACAGACAUUUGUUGGGUAAAACAAAUAUUGAGGAAACUCUCCUAGGCAUGAAAUUUGAAAUUUCUCCAGAUGCAUUUUUCCAGGUUAAUACACCAGGAGCAGAAGUCUUAUAUGAACAAAUUGCUGAGUGGUGUGCAGUUACCAAGACAACCACUGUCCUUGACAUUUGUUGUGGGACUGGGACCAUUGGUCUGACCUUGGCCAAGAGAGUAUCCAGGGUGAUAGGGAUAGAGUUGUGUCCGGAGGCUAUAGAGAAUGCCAAGAGAAAUGCGCUGAUAAAUGACAUUACUAAUGCCACAUACCAUUGCUGUAAAGCUGAAGAUAUCAUUACACAGACCAUGAAGUCGAUCACCACAGAGGAUGUUGUAGCCAUUGUAGACCCACCUAGAGCAGGGUUACACACUCAAGUCAUCAGGGCUUUAAGGAAUUCCCCUUUUCUGAAGAAAAUUGUGUUUGUGUCAUGUAAUCCCAGAGGAGCUAUGAAUAAUUUUGUAGACUUAGUCCGGCAACCUUCUAAGAAGAUGCGAGGUCAGGCGUACCGGCCGGUUAAAGCUGUGCCUGUAGAUAUGUUCCCCCAGACUAAACAUUGUGAACUUGUUAUUCUGUUUGAAAGAGACACCUGUACCUAAUAAAUGUCAUAAAUCUUA